UUAUCUCCCUUGUCAAAUAGUCCCUCUCUUAUCUUAUCGACACACUCUGUGAUCUCAUUCCUUCCAUUCGACUCCACGUCGCGUAGCCGUCAUGAAGCUUCUGUUGGUUCUCUGUUUUGCCGUAGCCACCGUUCUUUCACAGCAACCUAGGCCUUGUGAAUCACCAAGACAAUGGGAAGGAAGGCUAUCCAGAUAUGAUCGUGACCGACAAUUCUUUCAGAGAGCUAGAGUUAGUUAUGACGAGCUAGAUAGACGUGUUAGAGAAAUCGAAGAAGUUGAAAUCGGCAAAACAGUUGAUUACUACGAUGUUCUUUAUUUACACAAUGUUGGCCUUGAAUACAGAUUAAACUUAAAAACACGUGAAUGUAAACUCACACCUUUGACUCGUCCAUUCAUCCCAGCUGGUCUUCCACCAGAUGCCAACUACAGAGGUCAAGCUACUCUUGGUGCUUCUGGUAUUCCCGAUGAGUAUACCGAGGUUGUUCUCUUUGAUGGAAGUUUCGAGGGAAAUCAAUUUUUCGGUGUAGUCACUUAUCCAGACUGUGUUCCAGUUGAAUCUGGUUUCUAUAGUAACAGAACCGGGGCUGUAAGAACUAACUUUUAUGACAUUAGUUUGGGUGUUGCUGAUCCAAGCGUAUUCGUUCCACCAACAGAGUGUCAACAAUAGAAAAAAUAAUUCAAAAUAAAUUAGUAGUAUUUAA